AUGAACAGCACCAGCACCAGCACCAGCACCGGCACCGGCACAGGCACAGGCACAGGCACAGGCACAGCAACGGCAUGCUCGCCACGUUCUCCAGCAAAACACCGACCAGCCACGCUCACUCUGCGCAGCAGCUUUGGCUGCACCCAAAUCACCACUGCAGAUCUGAAGCAGCGAAUAUGUGACGCUCGCACAGCCAAUCCCAUUACGCUCACACAGGUGCCACUCGACAAUCGCGAGCCCUUGCCGCCGACCCCGACCACUCCAUUCACCAUGGGGAACAAGCCCUCCAGCGUCUCCGCCAGUCCCGUGCCCGACGACAAGUCGGCGCGCAGCGGCAUGCGUCGCGACGCGAGGAUGCCCAUGUCCCGCAAGAGCUCCUUCAACCUCUUCAAGCGCAUCGACAGCAAGACCCCUCUUCCCCGGGAUGUCACCGCGAGCGUCAUGUCCAUCCUGCACCGCGACGGCCACAAGAAGGGCGACAGCUACGCAACCGAGGACGACGGCCGAGUGAGCGUUCCAACAGACCCCUUUUUCGACCAACAUGACUACGACGGCGGCAGCCGGUAUCCCGAUAUGUGUCCCAAGCUCCAUUCUGCUUCCACCAUGACCGUGACCGAAGACAGAGCUGCAAUGCCCCUCAGCGCGGCCACGACCAUCCGCGACUGCAAAUCGACAGAUCUGCCAGAUUCGCAGACCGAUGGUGCUGGCGAUCUCGUGGACGUACCUCCUCCCGCACACGACGAUGGUGAUCUUCUCUCGCCCGUCUCACCAACGCUGCCUGCACCUUCGCCGCUUCCAGAAGACAGUCCGCACAAGUACGGACUGAGAGAUAAGAUCGAUACGCCAGAAGUGCCUGAGGUGCCUGAGAACAUCAAUGUCGCCAAGAUGAGGCGCAAGAGUAGUGCGCUGGAGCUCUUCAAUGUGUGA